AUGAAUUUCAGUGGUUUACUAAGGCUUUUCCCGAAACUGAGCAAGAAGCAUAUCCCAAAACAGUUGUUCAAAAUUGAUGAUAAAAUCAACCAUCGAUGGAUCAUCAAAGUGAGUGAAUUGGAUCUUGGAUCUGAUUUUUUACAUAUUUCUGCAUUCUUUGAAGAUCAAGAGAGCUUCAUGGAAUCACAGUUAUUGAUUCGGAAUGAUUUCAAGGGAUUGAUCGGAAGCGGCGCUUAUGGUCAAAUCUAUUUUGCGGUCGACGAAACAUCAGUAGAAUCGUUGGGGGUUGCGAUCAAAACAGAGACAAAAAUCCGUAAAGGAAAGACGUCCAAACGAAUGAUCCUCGAGCAGAAGGUACUCCUUCGACUACAAGGCCGUUCACACGUACCACUUAUGUGGGGUUCAGGAUCUACAUCUGAAAUUAAUUACAUAAUAAUGCAAUUGCUGUCAAGGAAUCUCAGUGAUAUACGCAAGCAAAGUCCACAGAGACGAUUUUCAAGGUCGACAACAGGAAGAAUCCUCAUACAGGUGAUACAAAUUCAAAUGAGCGGAUACGGCUUCUUCAUCUUCGCAACUUUUUUGAAUGUGCUACCGAUCGACUGUAUUAUUGCCGUUUAUAGGGUAUAG